CUUGGUUGCAGCGCGAUGGAGCUUCCACGGGGCCCGGGGAAGCCUCUCUCCCAGCGGAGAGCCCGGUCCUGGGACAGGUCACAGAGGCCCAGGAAGGACCCCGAGUCCCGGGAAGGCCAGUACCUCUCCCUGCCCGCCACGCCCCCCCGGCCGGCGCCUGCGGGGAGGGCCCGCGACGGCAGCCGGCACCUCAACAGCCCAGGGUCUCCGGAGGCUCCGGGCGCCGAGGCCCUCGGCCUGGAGGCGGCCAGGGAGGCCCUCCCCGGCGAGCAGAGGCCCCCGCGGGACAAGAAGGACAAGGCCCAGAGCCGGGGCCAGCAGGGCUGGCUGAAGACGGUGCUGAACUUCUUCCUGAGGACCAGCCCCGAGGAGGCCAAGGCCAAGGCCGGCCGGAGGGCCAGGGCGAAGGAGGGCCUGCCCCCGCCCGCAGAGACCCCGGAGCCCGCGCCCAGGAGGAAAGCCCACGACAGGAAGGCCGGCCGCAAGAAGCACGGCCACAGGAAGCACGGCGACGGGGACACUCCGGGGGCCCCUGGCCAGGACGCCGGAGGCCGGGAGGCGGCCGCUGCCUGGCGCUCCCGGGAGGCCGACCUGGGCCCAGCACCCGGGGGCGGGGAGGAUGCUGAUGCCCACCAGUCCGUGCUCAUCGAAGGCCGGGACGCUGGGGCCUCGGAGCCUCCUUCCCAAGCCCCGGGCCCCUGGACGGAGGAGGAGCUCCAGAAGCUUGACCAAAGAUUCACCGUAAUCCACUCUCUUCCAGAGGAUGCGAUCAUUCAGAUGAUAGUGCAGCUGCUCCGAGACGUGGGAGACGAGUGGGAUGAAGAGGUCAGGGACCUGGCCCAGUUUCUCUCAUGCCCCCUACAACUUCAAGGCUCUCAGCGAGAGGUGGCUCCACAAAACCCAGCCCCAGCCGUCAGGAAGAAAUCCCAGGAGAGAAAGCCUAUCCUCAGGAGAUCCUCCUCUCAUAAGAAGCAUGGCUCCGAGGAGCCCCGGAGAGCGGGCGCUGCAGAUGCUUCCAGCCCAGAGUCCCGGCCGCCCAAGAGGCCCAGCUUUCUGUACCUGUGCGUUGGGGGCCAUCGGGCCUCCAUCUCCAGCAGCGUUGACUUGGAAGAACCGGAAGUCCAAGAGGCCUCGUCUGCAGACGGUGGGGGUCCAAGUCCCUUCGAGCUUUCCACCCACGCAGGAAGCCGGGAGCCGGGAGAGGACUUGCAGCCGGACAAAGCCUCAGAGUGCAAAGAAUUUAUCCAGAAGAUCAUCGCCCUCCUCCAAGAUGCAGAGGAGCAGGAGGGAGAGAAGCAACUCCAAGUCCAGGAGCCAGAGGUGGCCUUAGAAAACCCGGCCCCACCCUGCAGGAAGAAAUCCCAAGAGAAAAAGUCGAGCUUCCGAAAAGCCUUUUCUCAUAAGAAGCAUGGCUCCAAGGAGCCCAAGAGAGCGGGGGCUGCAGGUGCCGCCAGCCCGGAGUCCCGGCGACCCAGGAGGCCCAGCUAUCUGCCCCUGUGUGGCGGGGGCCAUCGGCCCUCCGUCUCCAGCAGCGUCGAUCCGGAGGGUCCCGAGUUCCGGGAGUCUUCACCUGCAGAAGGGGGACGAGUUGGAUCCUCAGAAUCACCCUCCCAAGCCAGAAGCCACGAUCCAGAAGAAAGACCUCUGCCGGAUGGAGCGUGUGAAUCUAAGGAGCUGGUCAUCCAGCAGCUGGUGGCGCUCCUCCCGCGAGUGGACGGCCAUUUGGGGGAGCAGAUCAGGCGACACCCCAGCCUGAAGAAGUUUUUUUACCAGCUCCCGGACUCGUCCCUCAGAAAGCUGGCGGCCACCCUGCGCAGACAGGGCGCCCGCUACCCUGCGCCCCACGGGGGCCUCGCCGAGAGGCCCUACCAGUUUGCCUUCGACUUGGCCAACAAGUUUGCUGGCAGCAACGGUCGCACCGCCCUCAGCCUGAUGGGCCUGCGCUACCCGCAGCUCCCGCACACGGAGGCCCCGCAGAACAUCACAAGUCUUGACUUCCAAAGUCCAGACUGA